GGUACCUCCUAGAAUAUGAGUUGUCACUUUGACUCCAUAUUUGAGUGAUCAUCACGUCCCUUACCGGAAGCAGGCAACGGAAACCAGUCGGUCGACAACAUGGCUCCAAACCAGGUGCAUCUCCCCAAUGGCCAGACACUGAAUGUCACGCCUGUGUUUGGCGGCCUGUACUUCAGGUCGAAUGACUUGAGCCAACACCACAAUGUCUUCCCGCCCGGCUGGACCAUCAUUCUGAACAGCGAGCACGACGGGCACGAUGAUGACGACGACGACCGUGAGCAAGAGCCGGAGCGAGGUGCGGACGGCACUGUCAACCCCGAUGCGACUCCACGGGCAGAGACAGAGUCGAGGAAACAGGGCAUCCAUCGUUUUAGGCGGCCGAGCCUCAAGAAUGACCAUCUAUACAUAUCGUCCAUCUCCAAUCCCGCCUCGAGUGAGUUCCGCCCGCCGACGAGUCCCACGCGGCAGAUUGCCAUGAUGCUGUGGGCGACUCUGUAUUGGUACUUCCACCAGCAAGAGCCGGAGCCACAGCUGCGGACGGCUGCUUCGCACGCCACGCCCGACGCCGGCAAGCCUCAGGGCGAGUGGAGGAUCUAUAUCAACAAGGAAGGCAUCUUCAAGAGCAAGCACGUCUUGCCCAAGCUGGAGCGAAUGGGCCUGGUCGCUUCAGAGGACUCUUCGGUAGGCCUGGAUCCCAUGGACGGGCUCAGCACCUUGACCGAGAACUGGAACAAGAUGUUCGUCUCGAGAAGGACGUUUUGGCAGAUGGAUCCCCGCAUAUAUCUCUUCACCUUGACUCCUUUGCAGACGAGCUAUCCCGCAAUCAGCCCCAAUGGCAGCCGGCCCUCCAGCCCAAGCCGAAACAGCAAGACACAUGACACCGACGGUGGCAGCAACCUGCGAGAAGCCGCCGCUUCACAGUCCACUAGCAUGGCCCGUGCCGGACCUCCAGGCCCCUUCCACUCUGCAUCACAUCUACCAACAUACUAUCCUCCUCCGCCAGUUCAAUAUGGCUUCACGAACAACUGCAGACAUCCCAUACGUCCCAAGCCCCCUCGACAAGGCGAAACCUUCUAUAUUCGCUAUAUUCCCAGCCUAGGCCAAUACCUCACAUUCCGAGUCGCCUCACUGAGCAAACGCCCCAUCACAUAUCCGGGCCCAUUUUCACAAGCAGCUCCCGACGCAUCACUGACAACAGGCGAAGCUCGUGAAACAACCAAUAUGACCGAUGUCGAACUGCUUCACAAGUGGAUGAAUGACCCUCGUGUAUCCCACAGCUGGGGUGAACAAGGUGCUCAGCAUCACCAGGAAGAGUUCUUGAAAAAUGGUCUACUCUCCAAACACUCCAUUCCCGUGAUAGGAUGUUUCGAUGGGAAACCUUUUGGAUACUUUGAGAUCUACUGGGUGAAAGAAGACAGACUGGCAAGCUACCUCGGCGGAGCAGUAGAUGAUUUCGAUCGUGGCCUACACGUACUCGUGGGAGAGCAAGAGUUUCGAGGGCAACACCGAUUCAAAGUCUGGAUGAGCGCUUUGGUGCACCUUUGUUUCAUCGGAGAUUCGAGAACCAACGUGGUGAUGAUGGAGCCGAGAGUGGAUAAUGAAAAGAUCAAAAAGUAUUGCGAAGACGUGGGAUUCUACAAAGAACGAGAAAUCUCCUUUCCGCACAAGCAAAGUAAUUUGCUCAAGAUUCGGAGGGAAGCGUGGCAAGCACCUGCGAUAUAAUAAUGCUGGAGACGAAGAACAGCGGCUUGCGACGAUGAGGACACCACGACAGCAGAAGUGGAGCGAUAUACCGGAUACGUUUGUUGAGACCCGUGCGAGACCAAUCUAUCACCAAAGACUGGAAAUCGACAGAACUCAAAAAAUCAAAUUCAAUGGUAUCUUGCACUACUGAGCCAAACGAAAGGGAAAGCAAAAACAAAAAAUAAUACAUAGCAAGCCGCACCCCCUUCCAUGUCAUCUGUCCCAGAAUAUCGACGGCUCAUGCCAUCAUCCCUCAUGCCUUCAUUUCGGACACCAUAUAAAAAGAAAAGGAGGGGAAAAGCGUGAUGCUACAAGUUCCGCAUCCGCUGCUAACCCACUGCCGUCACGAGCACUUGCUGAGUUCCCUUCUGACACACCGCACCACACACAAACACACAUACUGGUCUCCAGUGAUCAAACACCCGGUCAGACCCGUCCACUCCCAAAACUGACCCUUCCUUAUCUAUUCAGCCUGGAGUUCCCCAGAGACUGCGAACGAGCACCAUCACUACUACGCCUCUCAGACCCCAACCCCUAGCUCGGCCUCCUGACCGAUCGAAUCUCCACCAACUCAUCCUCGCUACUAUCGUCGUCGUCAUCGAUGCCACCAUCUCCAAACCCGCUGGGCGGAUCUGCAAAAGGACCUCCUUGUGCCGCCGCUUCCAAGACGAGUUUUCUCUCCAGACUAUCCGGCAGAUCAUCCGGUAAAUCGCUGAUUUCCAGAUCCUCUGACGACGAAGAAGUAUCCCCGUCAUCCAAGGGUCUUCGCACCGCAGCUUCCGUCGUAUUGGGUCGCCGAAUGGACCGGCGACGACGGGGUGCACUGGGGCUCUCGUCCUCGUAUUCACCGCCUUCUCGCGUCAAAGUGUGGUCUCGGCCGGCUUCGUCUUCGUCGAGACUGGAAUCGUCAUUAUCAUCGUCGUCAUCAUCGUCAUCGUCAUCAUCAUUGUCCGAAUCAUCACUACUACUGAAUAGUCCGGAGAAUUUGCUGCGACUUCCUCGGGAAAGGUGGCUGGCUCCAGAAACCGUUCUCAGACCAGUGAUCUGCAGACCCUCUGGAUCUUGCGCCUGUGCCAUGUUGGAUAGUUCCCAAGGUUCUUCAGGGAGAUCGGAAGCGACUUCGAGGGCGGAUGCAUCGGCUGCAUCAGGAUCGUCAUUUGAUGGUUUGUCCUGAUUUCGCUGUGCUAGUCGAGCAGCAAGUGUUCUUCGCGCCCUCGAUGGCGGAAUGUUGAGAGGCUGCACAGCACCAGUUGCAUCUACGUUCGAAUCUGAAGAUGCAUGAUCCUACUCAGAGCAAGAGUGUCAUAUUACAGUAUAACGAUCAUGGAUAGGGAACAGAAGCGAAGCUAGUGCUGUUGCGUGACCCUGGUUCCCAAAAUCGCCAAAACUGUACGAAGGAACGGACCGCGGAUGUCAAUUGAACCCAAAAGCAGCCAUCAUCAUCUCAAAGCGAAAAAGUACGUCGGGAGUCCAAGCUCCUGUACUGUAUGUACAUGUACUCGAUGAUGUUGUCGUUGCCGAAGCAUUGGGUGAACUGGUGUGGAAUAGGUCUCGAAGAGUUGUGUGUGUGUGUGUGUGUGUGUGUGUGUGUGUGUGUGUGUGUGUGUGUGUGUGUGUGUGUGUGU